AAACUACGUCAACUGUCAAAUCUCUACAAAGAAAGUGCAAGCAAAACAAAAGUUACAAUAUAAUAAAUUAAUUAGAUAGUUUGUAACAAAAUGAACAUAGAAAGUGCUGCUGUAAAUAUUCUUAAACGGGGCGUCGAGUUGGACACGAAGAAAAGAUACACAGAAGCGCUAGUAUGUUAUCAAGAGGGCCUACAAAUAUUGGUGGAUAAAAUAAAAGGUGAGAAUGACGAUUCUUCUAAGAAAUACCUAAGAAAGAAAGUGGAAGAGUACAUGAACCGAGCAGAGACAAUAAAAAAGUUAGUUUUACAACAAAAGGAGGCUGGACAGUUUCAUGAACAAGUGCACAUAGAGAAUAACUCUACGGGUCACAGUUACAAAGCUUUAUUUGGAAGAUUUUUAGAUGAAGAAGUACGCUAUGUAUCCGUAGAAGACCCUUAUAUAAGAAGUUUCCAUCAGUGUCAGAAUUUCCUGAGGCUUUGUGAGCUAUUAGUGCGCUCAUGCACAAAUCUUCAGUUAAUAGAAUUGAUUACAUCAAAAGAUGGCCGAUCAGAGGGAGAUCAAAGGGAGUGGUUUGUAAACCUGAGCAAUGAUCUGGCAAAGUACAAGAUAAAAUUGAUUGUACAAUUCUCGGAGACUUUACAUGAUCGCCAGAUUACAUUAAGUUCUGGCUGGAUAAUCAAAAUUGGCAGAGGUUUAGACUACUUUAAACCACCGGAAAACAAAUUUUGUUUAGGUGUCUAUGACUUGGAUCUACGAACAUGCCACGAGACGACCGUGGACAUAUUCCAUUCUAAGAAUGUCAAACAAUCUUAUGGAUGACAUUUAGAUUUAGUGAAUCUUUGAUGCUUGCUUAUUAUAAGAGAAAAUAAAUCAUUUUACUAUGUUA